AUGUGCAUUACAGGAGAUCAUGAUACUCCUUUUAUUUCUCCGUGUCAGUUUUUACUCGAUCGGAAAAAAUCACACUUAUUUAAUUCUACUAACAAUUUGUCUUCAAAUAAUUGCAAACAACAAAAACCUAUACACAACAGUGCCUUAUUUCCAAGUAUUUGCUCAUCAUCAGCUAAAUUUAUUACAACUGAACGUUCGGGAAUUCUGAUAAUCCUGUUUAUAUUAUUGGGCGAUAUACUCUGUGCAACAGCCAGGUUCACGCAUUUAUCUGAAAAAUUUCAAACAGUCGCUGAAGACAAGAAUAGUGAACUUGUAUUCCUAAAUCCUCCUGCUUCAUCCUCAGCAUUAAAACCAACAAGAUUUACUCGACGAACAAGCAAACCAUCGGGUAAAUUAGACGCUCGUAAGACUGAUAUAAAAACGUACUUGAACAAAGCUCGAAGACAUUUAUCACUUGAUGGACAAAUGGAAAUAAAGUUUUUGAGUUCCGAACUUGUUGAAUUUAUUUGCCACCGACUUCCCGAUCCAUGUGCUCGCGCUGCUUAUCUUCGUCAACAUGUCAGACACGAUUUGUGCUUUCGUUUGCCUUUAUUGUAUCUCCUCCCAUAUACUGAUUCUCGUUUGGAUAAACCAUAUUUGUCGGAAUAUAAACCUGGAACUUGUAAAGGAAGUCUAUCUCAUCUCACAUAUUUACCUUCAGAUAGUAUUUUUGAACAGUUUCUGACUCCGGUCCAUAUAUGUGAACACAGUCUACUUUCGCUAAAAAAGAUAAUGGACGAUAAUUUAACUUCACAUUUUGGAAUAUUUGAUGAUCUACUAGAAAAGUCAUUUUGUGUUAAACCAUUUGAUUCCCGCCCUAACGUAACAGGAGAAUGCCAAUGUCAGGAGUGUCAAGAAGCUUAUAGAAGUUGGUUUUGUGCAACAGAAUUCCCACUGUAUUAUCCACUUGAUGACGCAGAUGUAAGUAUACCUUUACACUCGAAAUCUCUGGAUUCCGAUAUAACUGACGUCGAAGUUAAUCGAAUUCAUGUUCCCGUCACAAUUUCAAAUUUAUCGACCAGUUCCAAAAUGCCUCGUCCUCAGAAGAGUAGUUACUUCUUAAAUAGAUCAUCACCGACACAACCAUUUGAUCUAUCUGUUGUAGAAUCUAUGUCAAAACCCAGGAAUAUAUAUCGAAAAUCUAACCCCACAGAAUUCCAGUUAGAUUCUCAUUUACUUUUUCGACUGGAAGUUGUACAACCCUGCAUUUCAUGGUGUACUCAGGUUGAGACUGUUUGCCCAUAUUUAAAUCCCGCUGAUCCUACCUCAAACGGUGGUGAACCUGCAUUUUUGUGCGAUGAAAGUCAUUACCAUCACAGUUCAAGAUAUCAAGCAGUUUACUGGGAUGUGAAUACUUGUGAGUCUGAGUGUUGUUUUGGUGUGUCAGACUCAAUUCUUCUUUCUGUAUCCAUUCCCGAUAAGAAACAGUAUUCUACUCCAACUGAUUUUCUUUUAUCAUAUUCAUCUGAUGUUGAGGAAUCUAACGAUAAUGACUCAUGUAGUCAUUUACGUGAUCGCUGCCUUCAUCGACUUUUAUCAGUGCAUCAUUCAUCAUUGAUAUCAGAAUUUUCAUCUGUUGUUCCAGAUCAAACAUCAUCAAUAUAUUUCAAUUAUGAUUUCAAUCAAUCUAAUAGAAUUAAUUCCAAGAAUUUCAGUAGCUACCAUUCAUUAUCUCCUGCUCUACAUAAAAUAGAUAGCAUUUCUUUUAAAAUUAUGCUUACGAUAUCGUUCACUUUUCAUUUUUUCAUUUGGUUACAUAACAUUCAAGUUUUAUUACUUCAAAAUUUCACUUCGAUUUUUAUUUUUUUGCGUUAUCAUCAUGUGACGAUGACGAUUAUGAAUACUCCUCCAACAAACAGUAAUGAUGAUAAUACUACUGAUGAAAAUACACAUUAUGUAUCAAGUUCCUUGAGUCAUCCGCCAACUUCUUUAGUAUCACACCCAUCACUCUCUUUGUCUCAUUUUACAAAACAUUCAACUCCAUGUUGA